UAGUUAAUGCCAGCUCAGAUCUGAUGAAGUUGGAUGAUGAUGAUGAUGCACAACUAACGGAACCAUACCUUUCCAAACAGAAGAAACUUAUGGCCAAAAUUCUGGAGCACGACAAUGUGAACUAUCUGAAGAAAAUCCUGGGAGAUCUGGGAAUGGUGCUAGAUCAAAUUGAAGCUGAACUGGAGAAGAGAAAAAUUGAAUAUCAAGGGCAGAAAUGUGAACUCUGGCUUUGUGGAUGUGCAUUCACCUUGGCUGAUGUUUUGCUGGGAGCCACGUUACACCGCCUCAAGUUCCUAGGACUCUCAAAGAAAUACUGGGAAGAUGGCAGCAGACCCAACCUACAGAACUUUUUUGAAAGGAUACAAAAACGUUUUGCUUUCAGGAAAGUCUUGGGGGACAUCCAUACUACUCUCCUCUCAGCAGUGGUACCCAAUGCAUUCAGGCUGGUCAAACGGAAACCUCCAUCCUUUUUGGGGGCCUCUUUCCUCAUGGGAUCUCUAGGGGGGAUGGGAUAUUUUGCUUAUUGGUAUCUAAAGAAAAAAUAUAUCUAGUGCCGGCUGUUUUGAUGUUUAGUUUGAUGUCUCUGUGCUGUGUGAAACUAUGAUGAAUCUUCAGUAACUAUAAUGAAAUUUGAAACCAAUAUGAAUAACUAUACUGUUAAUGUAACAUUCCAUAGUCUAGAAGUAGGAAACCUAUACUGCAAGGACGCAAGUCAACAAAAAUAUUCAACUUUUUGUAGGUGUCAGUAUUAUAAAUCUAUAAAUUGUGGGGUAUGUUUAUAUACCCACUGUGGAACAAAACAGCCUUUUAGCAGUCAAACACCCCAGGAAACAACUAGCAAAUGAAUUACAAAACUGAGAGAUGGGAUUCUGUGGCGCUUCUAAAUUUUUCCACAGGUUUUUCAAUCACAUAGCACAUUAUUUCCCUUACAGAUGCAAAUAACAAGGACUUUUCUAUAAGCUGUUUUUGUGUUGUGCUUAAAAAAGGAUUAAAAAACAAAUAGAACAGAUGCAGUGAGUUGAAUCACAAUAGUUUGUGAAGUUUUAGCAUAAAAUGAUGAGUUUUUUUCUUUGUAUUUUUGUUUGGAUCAAGGUUUUUUAAAUUAACUUGAAUUUAACUAGAAUUCUCUUGAUUUUUUUAAUUUUUAAUUAUGUCUUUUAGUUUUCUCUGAUUGCAGCACUUAAUUUCAUAGAUGAAAUUCUGAUUCAUCAAGGAGUUUGUCUCCAGCUUGUUUCCAUGAAUUUGCCAAGUGUCUUUCACCAAUGGAACCUUUGUGGACUCUUAAGAACAUAAUUGUUUUCAUUAAUUCUAAAUAAUCUUCAAGAAAUUUGACACCCCCCUUCCCACUCCUUUUUGGGGACUUUUUCCUCAGUUAUUUUUCUUGUAGUGUAUUUUUAUUAGAAAACACUUUGCACAAAAAAAGAAUCAUAUUUCUCACUUUAUUGUGCCUUUUGCAUGUUGGAAAGAAUAAUGAGCAUCAAUGCUAUUCAUGCUUAAAAUACUUCUGAGAACUCAAAUAAAUCAUAUGGGAAGAGUAACAGCUUUACAUUUCUAAAUGUGGUCUAUAUCAGUUGAUUCAUUUCC